UCCAGCGUUCCUUAUUCAUUGUUUACGUGACGUGGUGAUACGUUGACUGGUUGUUGCCGGUUGUGUUCAAGCGGUAGAGUAUUGAAAUUGUUUUGUUUACUUGGUUAUCGUAAUUUUUAUAGGAAACAGUCGUAACAAUGUUGCAAUCUAUAUUUGACGAUGUGCGUCGAAUGAAUAAACGGCAGUUCCUGUAUCAGAUGUUAAGUUUUGGUAUGAUUGUUUCGUCUGCUUUGAUGAUCUGGAAAGGCUUGAUGGUUGUAACAGGUAGCGAAAGUCCGAUUGUGGUUGUUCUCAGCGGUAGUAUGGAACCAGCUUUUCAUAGGGGAGAUUUGUUAUUUUUAACUAAUUAUCCAGAUGAGCCAGUCAGAGUAGGAGAAAUUGUUGUCUUUAAAGUUGAGGGUAGAGAUAUUCCAAUUGUACACAGAGUACUUAAACUACAUGAAAAGGGCGACCAAAAUAAUACUGUUAAAUUUCUAACAAAGGGUGAUAAUAAUUCUGUUGAUGAUAGAGGUUUAUAUGCAUCUGGUCAAUUAUGGUUGACACAUAAAGACGUUGUUGGUAGAGCAAGGGGUUUUUUACCAUAUGUAGGGAUGGUUACAAUAUUCAUGAAUGAAUAUCCCAAAUUUAAAUAUGCGGUAUUAAUGUGUUUGGGAUUAUAUGUUCUGGUACAUAGAGAAUAAAGGUAUUUCAUAUGGGAAAUCACAUGAAAUAGACUGUUUGAAGAUCUACAAAAAAGUGCAUUGUAAAAUUAAAUUCUAAUUGAUAAUUCAAAUACACAUGUGGAGCUAUGUACAAUGUGAUUUUAUGUCUUGUUGAUUUCAUACCACUUGAAGAACCUUUCGUACACAAGAGGUUGAUAAUGUAAUAGUUUUGCAGAACAGUAUGUAUAUUUACAAUAGUAAUAAGAAAAUAUUAAGAUAUAUGUGUAAAACAGCAGUACUUUUGUACUGUAUUAAAAAACAAUGUUCUGCCAUUAUUGGCAAAAUUGAAUGUACAAACAUUUUUAUUUUCAUGUAAUACUAGUAUUAUUUUGAAUAAAAUCCAUUAAUUCGUUCAAUAAAUUAAUUGCAAAAAUUUUCAUUAGCAGUGUAAGACAUUAUACGUAUAAAUAUCGAGUUUCAAUAUUUUAUAUGUCUAAUUGUAUUUUUUAAUUGUAAUGUAAAAAUUAUUAUAGUACUAUUGUGUUACGUUUAUUUUCCGUAUUAAGAGGUCAUAAAAUCAAUAAAUAUUCUGUAUAAAAGAGAAAGAAAAGAAUGGAAAAUUUGGGAAGAUAAACAUUAAAAUGUAUAUAUUUAAGUAAGCUCUUAAUUUUUACGGCACAUAAGAUUAAACAUAUCUUCCCUAUCUUCUCCAGACUCGCAAAUAUCUGUAUAUAAAGUUUUUAUUUUAUAGGCACUGAAUAUUCUAAAAAAAAAUUGAAAACAUAGUAUAACCAAUGAUACUUGUUUGUAGUUAACUCUUAAUGGAAAUCUUUGUAUAUUAAUUACGUUUAUUCAAUGCAAUGUAAUUUUUGUUUUUGAUUAUUCCAAAUUAUGAAAUAAAUUUAUAGUAUACAAAUUGUA